CCUGUUUGGAGCAUUUUCUCUCGUUUCCUGUUUUUAUUCUUCGUCUUGUAUACUAUCUCUCUCUCUCUCUCUCUCUCUCUCUCUCUCUCUCUCUCUCUCUCUCUCUCUCUCUCUCUCUCUCUCUCUAUCUCUCCUUCCCCUCAUCCUCCACUCGUUACCGCUCGUCUCCUUCAUCCCACCUUAGGUGCCGUGUUGGAUGGUCGAGAUGCUUAUGCUUUUCUAGUGCGGUACCUAAUCUAUUUUUAAUAUUUUUACCCGUUCAGCUAUUCACAUUAAGAAUCCAUAAUGUUGGCGAAAGUUGGGGAGAAGCCCCCUGCGAUGGGUGCCUCGCGGGUAUGGAAGAAAAAGAUAUUUCGUUUUACAGUCAUUCUCUGCUUGGUGAGCGCUUUUGCGUAUUUCCUCUGGCCUCAGAUUGAACCCCAGGAGAUUACUGCCGAUACCAUCUCGAAUAUCACAAUCACGUCCAGUGUGCAAUGCGAGCCGGACUUCGACGCUCUUCGCCGUCUCGAUGUCCAUAAAUUGUCAGAAUAUACGCGCCGGGAGGUGAUCGCCGUUCCUUCUUCCAACGAUGCCCUGCCCGUCAGGCAAAAUCUCCAGACGCCCUUGUUCGAGCGGAAAUCGUCGAAUGACGUCGAUCGCCUCUCGAUCCAGCAGUCGCAGGACGAUUGCAUGAUCCCAGAGCCUGUGACUGUCCAGGUUCUCCAGCCUCCAAGAAAUGUGGACGCAUCACACAUCGACUUCGGUGUUGCGACAACGCUGGGACGGUUGAAUGAGUCCUUGGAUGCGUUCUCUCACUGGGCUAGCUACACUAAAACUCGCAUCUUCGCUCUCAUUGAGCCUGAUAAGGAUAAGCGAACACAUGAGGUCCAGGCUAAGGCUGACUCUCUCGGAAUCAAUUUGUAUAUUACGGAAAACGACGAGGAGUAUCAACGCCGGUACUUCACUUUGGUCUCACAUUUGGGGAAGCACAUGCGGCCGCAGACGCGAUGGUCCUGCGUCAUCGAUGAUGAUACCUUUUUCUUGUCCAUGUCUGAACUCGUGAAGGCUCUUGGGGAAUAUGACGAUACUCAGCCCACAUAUGUCGGCGGUCUUUCGGAGUCUAUCCCGCAGAUCGGUGUGUUCGGUUUGAUGGGAUUUGGAGGCGCAGGCGUCUUCUUAUCUCGACCCCUCGUGGAGGAAAUCAGCAAGCCCGAGGUCUUUGAAGCCUGUCUGAAUACGGACCACACCGGCGACCGGAGGAUAUCUUUGUGCAUUUACCAGCACACCUAUACACACCUGACCAUCAACCACCGCCUGCACCAACUUGACGUCCAAGGCGACGUAUCAGGAUUUUUCGAGUCGGGACGGCAACCACCUCUUUCUGUACAUCAUUGGAAGUCGUGGUUCCAUAUGGACAUGGCCAAGCUCAGUGUCGUCAGCGAGCUCUGUGGCGAUAGUUGUCUCUUGCGGCAAUGGAAGUUCGCCGACGGCUGGAUCUUGACGAAUGGCUUCUCGGUCAUGAAGUAUAGCCAGGAGCUCGAUCCGAAUGACAAGACCAUGGAACUUACAUGGGAAGGCCAGAACGGCGCAGUACACGAAUCGUUCCUGCACGAGUUCGGUCCUUUGCGUGGAAAGGACUGGGAUAAAUUCAGCUACGUGCUGGAAGACUCUAUUCUCGACGGCAACAAAGUACGGCAAUGGUACGUCCAUCGCGAUGCUGAGAAGGGUGACCAGAUUUUAGAAUUGAUUUGGCGAGCUCAAUAGAGGACUACAUAUUUGAGUUCUCAGUUUGGCGUCUGGGGUGUUUCUAACUUACUACAUUCAAUCGGCCCUUUUUUUUUUUAUGCCUCUUUUCUACCAUUCAUCGUUGGCUAGGGUAUGCCUUACAACUCUCUGGCCACCACAUUUACCCACAUACCCCCCUCCCCUUUCUGUUUAUAGAUAAAAGAAUGCCCUUCGGCGGAAGCGUAUAUAUGGUUUAAUCCUCACGGCGGAUAGAUUAUGAGUUUCGUUAUUU